CUCUCGGUUGUUUUGCUGAACUGUCAUGAAGGCUGUUAGCCGCUACCGCCACUGACGCUCCUCAGUACUCAUUUAUAACACUUCUAUCUCGCUGUCACCUCCUCUGGUAUAAAGGUUGACAGUCAGUGAAAUAAUGGAGUCCAUGCUCAAUAAACUGAAGAGCACUGUCACCAAGGUGGCAGGUGACAUGACCAGUGCCGUCAUGGGUAACCCCGUCACGCGGGAGUUUGAGGUGGGCCGCCAUAUUGCUAGUGGGGGUCCCGGAAUGAGCUGGAGGAUCUACAACGGCACCAAAAAAUCCACUAAACAGGAAGUGGCUGUCUUUGUGUUUGAUAAGAAGCUCAUUGAUCGCUAUCAGAAGUUUGAGAAGGAUCAGAUCAUCGAUUCACUUAAGAGAGGAGUCCAACAGCUGACCCGGUUACGACAUCCACGCCUCCUCACCGUCCAGCAUCCGCUAGAGGAGUCCAGAGACUGUCUAGCCUUUUGUACAGAGCCUGUAUUUGCUAGUCUAGCUAAUGUGCUCGGCCAGUGGGACAAUCUCCCCAGCCCCGUUCCCACAGACAUCAAAGAAUAUAAACUCUACGACGUGGAGACCAAAUACGGCUUACUGCAGAUCUCAGAGGGUUUGUCCUUCCUCCACAGCGGAGUCAAGAUGGUUCACAGUAACUUAUGCCCAGAGAACAUCAUCUUGAAUAAGAGCGGCGCCUGGAAGAUCAUGGGCUUUGACUUCAGUAUCUCGUCUAUUAACCCCUCUGACGCUGAGCCCAAGUAUGUGUGUAAAGAGUGGGACCCCAAUCUACCGCCUCUCUGCCUGCGUAACCCCGAGUAUGUCGCCCCUGAGUACAUCCUGUCAGUCAGCUGUGAAGCGGCCUCUGACAUGUACUCACUGGGCGUGCUGAUCCAUGCCGUGUUUAAUGAAGGGAAACCCGUCUUUCAGGUCAACAAGCAGGACAUAUUCAAGAGCUUCAGCCGACAACUCGACCAGUUGAGUCAUUUGAGUCCAGGAGUGUUAAGUCAGAUCCCAGAGGAGGUGAGGGAACAUGUGAAGAUGUUGCUCAGCGUCACGUCCAACGUGCGUCCAGAUGCUGAUCAGAUGACAAAGAUUCCCUUCUUUGAUGAUGUCGGAGCGAUGACUCUUCAGUACUUCGACUCGCUUUUCCAGCGGGACAACCUGCAGAAGUCUCAGUUCUACAAAGGCCUCCCCAAAGUUUUGCCGAAACUGCCUAAGAGAGUGAUAAUAUACAGAAUCCUGCCGGCGCUCACAUCUGAGUUUGUUAAUCCUGAUAUGGUUCCGUUUGUUCUUCCAAACGUGCUGCUCAUCGCUGAAGAGUGCACAAAAGAGGAAUACAUCCGCCUUGUGCUCCCAGACCUCACCCCGGUCUUCAAACAACAGGAGCCUGUACAGAUCCUGCUGAUAUUUUUACAAAAGAUGGACCUGCUACUGACCAAAACUCCUCCUGAAGACAUCAAGAACAGUGUGCUGCCUAUGGUGUACAGAGCAGUGGAGGCACCUUCGAUUCAAAUACAGGAGCUUUGUCUGAAUAUCAUUCCCACGUUUGCCAAUCUGAUCGAGUAUCCCUCCAUGAAGAAUGCACUCAUUCCCCGUAUCAAAUCUGCCUGUUUAAAGACGUCCUCACUAGCGGUGAGGGUGAACUCUUUGGUGUGCCUAGGCAAGAUUCUGGAAUAUCUGGAUAAAUGGUUCGUCAUUGAUGAAAUUCUACCAUUUCUACAACAGAUUCCAUCCAGAGAGCCGGCUGUGCUCAUGGGCAUUCUGGGCAUCUACAAGUGCACUUUCACCCAUAAGAAACUGGGCAUCCCUAAAGAGCACCUCGCUGCAAAGAGCUUACCUCAUCUGGUGUCACUUAGUAUUGAUAACAACCUUAACCUUAACCAGUUUAACUCUUUCAUGGCUGUGAUCAGGGACAUGUUGAGUCGCAUGGAGGCGGAGCACAAGACCAAACUAGAACAGCUGCACGUCAUGCAGGAACAACAGAGGAGUUUAAACAUCACAAACCCGUUGAACCAAUCAGAGGAGACCAAGAGCACGCACAGUCCAGCCACACAAGUCAGAGACAUUGAUGAUAUCUUUGGUGGAAGUGCAAGUGUGAAUGGUAAAGAGAACGGUUCCUCCUCUUCAACUGUUUCUCAACCCUCAAGAGUGUCUCUGACCCUGGAGGAAAAGCAGCGUUUGGCUAAAGAGCAGGAACAGGCUGCUAAACUGAGAAGCCAGCAGCCUUUGGCUCCUCAGAGCAUCAAACCAGCAACAACAACACCACAGGCAAAAGAUCUGACCAGUAGUCUCCUGAACAACAUGACCUCUUUGAACAACCUUUCACUGACCACUGGGCCCAGGACGAUGCCCGUGCAGGGGGGCACCAUCUCCUCCACCUUUCCUUCUGGACCCUCCAUGGGUGGAAUGGGCACCAUAGGCUCCAUCAACAAUGGCUUCAACUCACCCAUGGGCUUCCAGACAGGGGGUAUGGGUAUUGGGAUGGGCAUGAGACCUGCCAAUCCUGUUCUCUAUGGGGGCAUGGCCACCACUACCAGCACUCCAAAUUUCAGCGGCCUCACCCAAAACCAGAACCAAAACCAGUCUAACAAGCCUUCUGAUAUGUCCGCCCUAGACUCCCUCUUCACCCCUAACAAACCCAAAUUAAGCCUGAACCAAAUGGCCCCCAAACUGGCCCCAGGAACCACUGCACCUUCCCCAUGGCUUAGCCAGUUUGGUACGGGCCAACCUUCCCAGACUGCAUCCAUGCAGGCAGCUCCGAUGGGAAUGGCGGGGGUUCAGGGUGGGUUUGGGAUGCAGGCAAACCCUUUCUUCAACCCGCAGAACUUCUCACAACCUGUUUCCGCUCCAGCUGUGAACACUGGAAUGAUGAAACAAAGUGCUUCAGUCAACAAUAACCUUAAAGACCUUUUUGGUUAAAACUUUUUGCCCUUGUUUUGGUUUCUACUCAAUUGGGAAAUGUAAGCGAAACAUCAGCAGUGGCGAUGACAGUCACAGUUUGGUGGGAAGGGAUAUGGUGUCUCUUUUUGAAAGACAGUGUUUAAAAUUGUAUUUCUGGCUUGUUUCGUCUUUUUAGCUCUUAUCAUGGUGCACCUUUUGCAAACAGUCAACUUAUCUCUUGGUAUAAAUUAAAAGGACCGAACAAACCAUCAUGUUCCUAAAAGAAGCUUGGGCUCUAUCCUUUAGGGGCUUCUGUUGGUGGAUCAUCAUGCCUUUUGGCUUGACACAUUCACCACAAGUUCCAGAUGUUUAGUAACAUAAGAGGUAGCCUCAAGAACUUUUGGUUUCCUUUUCCUCACAUUCACCCCUUGCCUGAAUGAGCCAACUUCCACUUUCAAAACAAAUGGCAACAUCAACAGGAUUUGCUGAUUUGUUUCCUGAUAAAGGAAGUCUCUCAAUUGCUCUUUUAACUCUUGAGCUAAAAUGAUCAACUUGUAAGCAAUGAAGAGAUGGAUGCUGGUGCUAUCCACAGUCAUGGCCUAAAAUAAAUGGAUUUAUAAAUUGUUUACUGAAAUGCAUAUAAUGUUACUAUUGAUUAUUUUUUGAGGUCCAUACUGAUAUACUUGGUGCACUGAAGUAAAAGCUUCUUGGGCGAAUCUCACAAAGAAAUGUCUAGGUACUAUUUGACAAUUUUUUUUUUUUUUUUUUUUUUUUUUUAGAAAUGUAUAUUUUGCAUUAAAAAACAAAGCUUAUUUUUAGCACCAUUAAGAAUUUCUUGCACUAUAUUCAUGAUAGAAAAGCACAUUUUAUCCCCAUAUUCUCAUUACCUUAAUAUGAAAAAUCUCAUUGUCAUUAAUGCUAAUUAAUUCUUAUUACAAUAAUAUAAUUUGUCUUUUAAUAAUUAAUUACUAUGUGUCAUUCUCAAUACUAAAAUGCAAAUAAUAUAAUAUAAAGAGUAAUAUAAAACAAAAUCUUAAUUUCAUUAAGGCAAAAAAUCUCAUUGCCAUUACAGUAUUGGAAAAAAUCUAAUUAUCUGCCAAAAUAUAAAACAAAUAUAAUUCUCAUUGUAAAAAUGAAGGGAAAAAGUGUAUAUUCUAAUUACUGAAGUGCAUUAACUCCCAUUACCGUAAUGGAAAAAAUAUAAUUCUCCUCACAAUAAUGUGAAAAACUUUAUUUUCAUUGCUGUAUGAAAACCAUCCUGCCCAGACUUAUUACAAUUAUCAUAAAUGUGCAUACGAUACUAGUAUGUUGUAUAAAUACUUUACAGUUUAAAUAUAAUGUGCUUAUGUAUGUAAAAAAAAAUUAAAAAAAAUAAGCUUUAUUUUACUUAGGAAAAACUUCAUUCCAAUUUUAUUUUGGUUUUGGAGUGAAAUAUGACAUGGAAAUGUUCCUGACAGUUUUUGUGAUAUUCGCCCUCAUAUGAAAGGACAUUGUCUUCAUACUGUAGGUGCACUAAAUGUAGUUGAGCUGAAAACUGAAGGGAUUCAGAUAUUUUUGGGGAUUUUGUCAUUACUUUAAUGGCUUCUGUAGAACACAAUUCACGUGUUUGUCUGUCUUUCAGUUUCUGUCAUUGCUUUCUGCCCUGUGUUUGUUAUAUAUCCUGUAAUUUUGUGUUGGUUGGAAGUUACUGAUCAUACAAUGGCGCUACAUUUGAUCCACUGUUUUUUGUUUUUGGCUGUUAUCAUUAUCACUGCUUGAUAUGGGCAGUUUCUUGUUGUAGAGAGUGACCAACGGAACAUAUUAUUCCAUAUCAUGACCAAACGUUUAGCUGCAAUAUGGCAAGUCACCAGAAUGUGUAUUAUUUCUACAAACCACAUGAAUGAAGUGUACAGUACGUGUUUUGUUUUUUUUUCUUAGUACUGUUUCAAGCAAAACACUUUCUUGAAGGGGAACUUUAAAAUCCAGACUGGUUUUAUUCAAAGGGAAUGUGUUUCCUGGUCUUCUAAAUGAGAGGCCUUAUGCUGAGAGUUGUGCAGUAGCAGGUCUGUGAUGGGGGUUGUGAAAAUGACACUGUAUGAGUGUUUCACUUCAUGCAGUUUUCAAAUAGUCUAAAUUAAUGUAGAUAAAUUAUCUGGGUUUGUUUUAAUGUAAAAAAAUGUGAACUGGAUUGUUGGUAAGAUGGUAAUUUUUGAAAUCAAAUAAAUAGUUUAUUUAAAGGGUAA